AUUCUUGUCUGCAUUCAAAUUAAAAUGUGUAUUGAUUACUCAAGACCGUAGGUUAUCUGAUAUUGGAUUACUACAGGAUUAUUACACUCAAAUUUUAUUAUUAUUCCACAAGUUAUCAUAUCAAUCAGCAAAUACGUUGUCAAAGGUUUUUCCUAGUCCGGGCGCUGCCCAAAGCGUCUGGGGGUUGGAGUCAGAGUCCUGUAAUAUUAUGGUAUCAGCAACUGUAGUUGUUGCUGACCAAAAGGACAGCAAUAUUCUGUCCUGCUCCGAAAGCACUGACUUCAAUAACGUAGGACACGACUGCAAGUCGGUUUUUGAUCUAGUAAGAAAUGGGGCUGUUUCGGAUAUUGAAUGUCUGGUUGAAAAGUUGGGUGCUGAAUCUCUGAGUGCGAGAGAUGAGUGGGGCUAUACACCGGCUCACUGGGCAGCUCUUGACGGCAAUGUCGAGGUUAUGCGAUAUCUUGUGGAAAGAGCUGCUCCCGUCGACCUGCCUUGCCUCGGAACCCAGGGACCUCGACCAAUCCACUGGGCCUGUCGCAAAGGACAUACAGCUGUUGUACAAGUUCUUCUCCAGGCAGGAGUGGCUGUGAAUGCAGCAGACUUCAAGGGCCUGACUCCGCUGAUGACAGCUUGCAUGUUCGGCAGAGCAGCGACCGCCGCCUUCCUGCUGGGAAUGGGAGCUCUCAACCACCUCACCGACAUUAAUGGAGACACCGCUUUGCAUUGGGCUGCUUACAAAGGACAUCCAGACCUGAUAAGAUUGCUGAUGUACUCAGGAGUUGACCUUGAGAAAGCUGACAACUUUGGAUCUUCCCCACUACAUCUGGCCUGUCUCUCUGGCAAUGUUUCAUGCGUCAAGAUCUUGUGUGAAAAGAGUAAGAUUGAGUUGGAACCGAGGGACAAAAAUGGUAAAACGCCACUGAUUCUGGCGAAAAGUCAUCGACAUGACGAAAUAGUCACUGUCCUCACUGGUGAACAGAAAAAGCGAGACAGAUGGAUGCCACCUAUUUCAGAAAUUUGGUACAUAUUAUUCGGAGGUGCUGGGAACUCAAAAGGACCGUUGCUUCUCUUUAUCGGAUCUGUACUGCUCUGGGGAUAUCCAAUGUAUUUACUGAGGUGCAUUCCAAUCACAUGGAACAUACUAAGAGGAUCACAUUACUGUUUCAUCUAUUGGAAUAUUCUGAUGUGGCUAAGCUGGGUGAUUGCUAAUCGGAGAGAUCCUGGAUAUAUUCCUCAGAAUACCGACAGCUAUCAUCGUGCUAUCAAAUAUAUCCCGUACUACGACAAAUGGAAGAAGCGUGACGUGGUGCUGUCACGUAUGUGUCACACAUGUCGCUGCCUGAGGCCUCUGCGUGCCAAGCACUGUCGCAUCUGCAACCGAUGUGUCGCCUACUUCGACCACCACUGUCCUUUCAUCUACAACUGCAUCGGUCUUCGAAACAGGAUGUGGUUUUUCCUGUUUGUAAUGAGUGUUGCAAUCAACUGCUCCUUCACGAUCUACUUUGCUUGCUACUGCAUUGCAAUUCAAGGCUUCGAAUUGAUCUAUCUGAUGGCUCUGAUUGAGGCUCUUGUUUUCUGUGGUUUGGGAUGGACUUUGACUUGCACUUCUAUCCUGCACGCGUGCAUGAACCUGACGACAAACGAGAUGUUCAACUACAAGCGCUAUCCCUACCUGCGCGACAAGCGAGGCAAAUACCUCAACCCAUUUUCCCGCGGACCACUGCUCAAUCUGCUCGAAUUCUUCGUUUGCUCUCCGAGCACAUCUGCCGACCAGGAACUUCUCAUUGACGACACAACUCCUUGACUCCAAACCAAGUCUGCUAAAUGAUUUGUUCCUCGUCAAGUGGCUUGAUCUCUUACUGGAUUGAAGUGGCUUAAUUUCAUCUCUCAUUGCGAUUUUAUGCCAUUGUAGUAGAUACUUAGUUGAGGGGGACUGGAGUUAGUCAUUCUAGUUUUGAUGCUUCAUAACCUUUUCAAAGGGUUAAUAAGAAAUUUCAUACAGUUUUUCGUCUAGGCAGAAUUGUAUUAUUCACAUAUUUCACCAACAUCCCACCUGCAAUCCAUCUAAUUUAUUCAUGUGAUCAAUGAUGACGAUAUUCAACAGCUGAUACAAUUAUGUCGAGAUAAAAAUGUAUGUAGCUUAUUGAAUUCAGAUAAUUCAACUGAAUUGAUUAUUGUAGAGAGUAAAGAAAGCAUCUGUAUAUUUUUGAAACUGUAAUUUAUGACUAGCUUUGGUCCCUCCAACUAUUCAUACAUUUUCAUCUAUCAUCUUCAUUGAAUAGCUUUAUAAGAAAAUCAUUCGCAACUUAUAAAAAAAUUAUAUUUCAUACAUACAAUGCAUGAGCGUUGCUCAUAUAAUGAUGGUUGUUUACAAUCUCACUGCUAUUUCCUGUCAUCUCUCUUGAAUUUUCAUUCCUCUCACCAACCACUUUUUCAAGUCAUUUUAAUUUUAGGUAGAAUUGUAUACUUUAAUGCAAUCAAUUUACUUGAGUGUUUUAGCAUUAUAACUAUUGUAAUACCGAUGUACUGCUAUUUUAAUGAAGUGAAAAGCGUAAUUGCCUCAUCAUUAGAUCGAAAUUCAACGAUGACGAUCGAUUAUAGCAAGAGAGAGGCUAAAUUGUUCAACAAUAAUAUUAUAAAAUAUAGAUGUAAAGCACAUUCAUUUCUAAGUUAAUCGUGUCUAGUCUUCUUGAUUGAUGUAGAACCGGCAUAAGGGUUUUACUCGUCACAAAAAUGAGCCUUGAAAAUUAUAACUGCUCACGAGCACAUUAUACGCUUAUUCAUAAAUUAGGUAAUCAUCGAAUGUGAUAGAAAAUAUUUUUAUUUUUAGUUAGUUUUUAUUUUAGAAGAAUUUGUUAUUCGUAAUUUGAAAUGGCGCUAAUAUAAUUUGUUACCAGCUAUGAUUAUGGAUUAAUAUUCUUCACAUUUUCAAUUGAAUAAUUUUCAUAUAUUUUACUAUAGCAGAAAUUUUAAAAUGUUAAAAUGAUGAAUGAUUCGACGAUAUAUUAGAUUGUUGCAGAGUUUCUAAAGCAGCCGAAUCUCCACAAUGCUGAUUGGAAUAAAACGACAUUGCCGAUUGACACAAGCCGUCAUAUGUCACAUUAUGUCCAUACUUUUUUCUGGAUGUUCUUACGACUUCUUUGUUCAAAUACUUGCUUGGAUGUUCCCAUUUGGUAUAGUGGAGGUGCGGGUACAUGUUGUGCUCUAUCAUUAUUAUUUGUAUAAGCUUUAUUACAAACCGUAACUGUAAUCUUUAAGAUUGGCAUGCUAUGCCUGUUCUUCAAGAUUUUGACAAACUAGUUUAUUUUCAACUAACAUUUGCUGCCAUAAAAUAUAUUAGAUUCUUUUAAAAUUGUAUUUUGAUAAUAAACAUGAUUAGUGUUGUAAAAAAUCAAUCCAUCGUUUAUAUUUUUGUCAAUAAAGCUGUGUAUUUCCGUUA